UUCUUCACGCAGGGGUCUCGCCAGGCUUGCUGCUCUAUUAAAGAGCUGGAUGUGUUCGACAGAGCACGUGAGAUUAAAGUGGAUCCUGACAAACCUCUAGAAGGUGUUCGGCUAGCUGCACUGCAGGCAAGGAAGACUUUGUUGGUUCCGACACCACGUCUGAGAACUGGGCUGUUCAAUAGGAUUGUUCCACCUUCAGGUGCAACUAAGGAGAUCCUGCGAAUAUGUGCUACGUCUCAAGGUAUAAAAGAAUACAGUGUGCCUGUAGGCCUUGAUGGGAAAGCACGAGUGGACUUGGUUGUUGUAGGAUCAGUGGCCGUCUCUGAAAAAGGCUGGAGAAUUGGAAAAGGGGAAGGUUAUGCAGACAUGGAAUAUGCAAUGAUGGUGUCAAUGGGCGCAGUGCGGGCGGAUACACCUGUAAUUACUAUUGUGCAUGACUGCCAGGUGGUUGACAUAGCAGAAGAGCUUCUUGAUGAUCAUGAUUUAACUGUGGAUUAUAUACUCACUCCAACAAGAACUAUCAAGACUAAUUGCAAACGACCGAAACCUCAGGGAAUAAUAUGGCAUAAGGUCAGCUAUGAGAUGCUGGAAAAAAUCCCCAUCCUAAAGAGCCUUCGAUACAGAGAGAAGCAGACUGGCAAGGAAGUUGCCCUCCAAGAUGAACAUUCGGACUUGGCAAAUGCCAACACACCAGCAGUGUUAAAUGAGAAGGCGAAGGCUGAAAAUACAAGACCGCAGGCUGCAAUGGGCUCGGCUCAAAUAGGACAACAUUAUGUUGAAAGUGAUUCUUUAAGUCCCAGAUUAGAGGGAUCUGGCACGAUUACUACUGUGUAUGUGGGGAACAUACCUCCCAGCGUAAGAGUGAGCGAGCUGAAAUGUGCUUUAAGGGAAUUCCGUGCAACUCCUUUACGACUGAAUUGGCAAGGAGCGCAGCACAGGGCUUUUCUCGAUUACAAGGAUAAAGCAACCGCAGAGAGUGCUGUAUCCUCUUUGAAAGGCUUGAGCCUCGGGGGUAAUACUUUGCGAGUUGAGCUGGCCAAGAAUCAGAGAAACAAAGGGCAAGUAGAAAUCAAUAGUCAGAAAUGAAUAUGAAUAGAGGAAAAAAAAAAUAGGCAUGUUUUCAUUGUUUUGUGAGAAGCCAACCUAAGUUUUCAAGGAUAUUAGUAUCUCCUUUGAUUUCUGCAGGCUAAACGACAAAGUGCGAAGCCAACUUUCCAAACAAAUGAGGCAUACAUCUCCCAGCUGACUUGCCUGCCUCAUUCCUGCAGUUGUACAUGCAAAGUGUAUUUGUCAAGACAGAUGACAGAGGGGCCGUUUCUCUAAACAGUUAUCCACAAGGUACCCACACUCUGUGUAUUUGUUUUUUGUUGCCCAGGGGUUGAUUUGCUGUUUGGUGUGUAUGUUUGUUAGGCCUGGAUCAAAAACCUGUCCCUUGGUAGCUGUCUGCAGCCACAUGUAGCGAGGUGGUUAUGUUCUGUCAUCUAAAGGUUGUACCUGCAAAUUUGUACUUGUGAGCUUAAAAGCCAGCUGCAGAAAAUCUGUCUUAAGGGUUACAGUUCUGUUUACUAAAAAAUGGGUUUUGCCUGUUGGGAGUUUUCAGCAUAUUUUUCAUAAAAAUGGCUGGGGGGUGAGAGAUUGCCCUUUUUGUGCUCUUGAAGAACGGCUGUGGAAACACUGGCUCAGCCACUGAGUUGUGGUUACAGCUAUUAACAUCAGGUGGAAGAGAUGGUAGCCCCUUUCUCAGCUUUGUUUCAUUAAUUCAGCCCUUUGUAAACCUUACAUUUCUUAUUUCAGUCUGGCAGAGGAAAGUGAAGAUCAGUUUUCUCCUCUGCUUUUCCCCAAAACACUUCAGGUGCCUUUUUCAUGGAUGCAGAUAAUUAUAAAAUAGACCCUUUUCCUGAUUGUCUUGUCUCUUACAAUUUGGUGUGAUUCCAUUGCCUCCGUGAAAUUACAUUAAUAUUAAUCACGGUAGUGGAAAUGAAAAGCAGACAGACUACGGUCAAAACUUGUGGGUGCCUAGUCUGGUAUGGAGUUGUUUGAAAAGUUGCUGGAGAUAGCAACAAAGCCUGUUCCUGCUGUGCCUUCGUCACCACCGGCGUGGUCUUCCUGCACCCACAACAUCAGGCGGUGAUGUGGGUUAGACAGCAGCACUGGCAACGUUUCGUUGUGAAAGUGCUAUCAAGUACUAGCUUGAACAGUAAGAUUUGCACAUACGUGAACAUUCACUUAGGGUGUAAAGGAGAAUGAUGGUUUAUUUGGUAUGGCUUUUAUUACUUUUUUCCUUUGGUUUCCUAUUCCUGAAAAACAAGUUGAAUUUUGGCUGAACCAUCCUUUCUAAACAGAAGCACUUUUGCCAUUAAUGCUGGGCACAUAGUCAAAGUAAGCAUCUAAAUGGAUAUUUUUUUAAGUAUGAGUUGGAAACUUUUUUUAGCCAGAGGGUACUGUUAAGUAUAUUUUAAGCACCUUAUUAUGCCUCAAGGGUCAGACAUUUCAUACGGUAUUAAAUAAAAAGUUCUCAUCGUUAUCAUGUAUUCUGUACAGAGGGGCUCAAGGCAAGCAUUGCUUCAACUUCUUGUAAGGUCAACAAAGGAAAGGUUUCUGAAAAAAAAUAGUGCUGUGCUCUAAAAUGCUCUCUUUUUCUCCGGCUCAAAAUUAUUUUCCGUAUCACUCAGUGUGUAUUAAAACACAAGCACUGCGGAGUCCUCUGCGUCUUGGUUCGGUAGUUGUGCACUUCAAGGGGAAGAGUCAGGGGUUAUGUUACUACUUAAACAUGCUCGUUACAUCGUGAGCUUAGAGAGCAGAGGAAAGAAAAGCAAAAAAAAUAAUUAUACAUCACUGUCUUCCCCUUCCAAAUGAUGGCAAAUUAAGUAACGUGAUCAUUUGAUCUUCUUUUUGACUCUUGCAAUACUGCUUGCUUUGGUGAAGAUGCCCAGGUGACCUUAGCAGUUAAAAAGCGGUUAUUCUGCUAAUGAAAACUUGCAGCAUCUCAAACUUGCCCUGUUGCGUUACAGAUUGAACCAGCCUUCUCUGGUCAAAUCUGUGGGAAUUUCAUCCUCUACCUUACUUCCUUUCUUAACAUCUGUUAAGUUUCAGUGCAGAUACGUUUACAUGUUACGUGAUAGGUAAAUGUGUUGCGUUUGCUUGCUUUGCUCUCAACGCUGCGCGCAGUCAGCGGCCAGUUUUGUUUGGACAAACAUGUCUGGAUGGUUUUCUGUUUGCAGUUGUGGUUCUGCGGGUAACCCGUGGGGUGAGCUGUGCUAGGUCUGUAUCCAGGUGGGCAGAUCUCUGCAGUUCUCUUCUAGCCUCUCACUUUUCUCUGUCCUGUAUUGCGAGGCCGCAUUUCGCAGUACUACCUUGUUACUUUCCCAGUAGGCAAUUAACAGUCCAAACCACACUAUGGAGAAGACAUUAACUAGACGGAGGUAUGUAACUGUAGUUAGGCUCAGAGAAGAAAAAUAAUUACUAUAAGCUUAAGCUAAUGGACCAUUCAUUAGCGUCUUGAAUGGACCGAAAUAAUGAUGUUGAUGCUAUGAUAAUUGUUUUUCCAACUUAAGCAGUCAUUUUUGAUCCAGGUUAUUAAUAAACGGCAAGGUCUUUUGGGCCUUGCCAUCUUAAAGUCAUUAAAGUGUGUUUUUAAUUCAAGGUAGCAGCUGCUCCAGGUCAGAGUUUGGCAGCCUGUUGCAAACCCAUCUGCACCAGCAGCUUCAGCAAAUCAGUAGCAACUGAAGUGCAGGCACAAGUUCAUUUCUGUCAUCUCUGCUUCAAGAGCAGCAACCUGCAGGGAAGGAAUUAGUACAGGCAGCUGUUGAAAAUAGAGCCUGAAGCUGCAGAAGGCUCACCAGGGUUCAGAGCUUCUGCAGAGGUUUCGUAGUAAGGGCUUGCAUGGAGGCAAAACAGCAGUCCUCAGAAAUCACCUUUGGGUUGCUAUAGGAUUCCCGCAGGAAAAACAAGAACUCUAUUAACAUUUUGGGGAAGAAAAAAAAAAAAGCAGCAUGACUUGCAGCAAAACUGUUCUAUAAGCUUACCUGUGAGGAGGAGGGCGCAGCUCAUGCUUUCCGAAAUGCGUCACGUACCAACACAGCAGGAGUUUGAGCCUGUGCGCUCUGAAGUCGAUGCAAUUUCUGUCUUGGACAGCAAGGGAAGGAGUGAUGAGGAUGGGGCCCUUACUGCUGCUUGGGAAGUUGCUCAUCUUUAGCUAAAAGACAUUUCAAUGCAAGAUGCUAAAUUGCUAUUUAAUAAAAUAAUUGAAGACUGCCCAAGGCCCUCGCCUACGUGGCUUUCUGGUGUCUUUAGCUGUGUGAUGUGGAUUUUUUCUUGUGGGCUGACCAAGUUCCUACUUGAGGACACAGCAGUUUUUGAAGAAAAAGUGAAUGGGGCAGUCUGCAUCUCUUAGAUCUAUUGUUUCAGGCUCUCUGCAUGUUCAGGAAGACAUCAGUUAUACAUGAGUCACUUCUAACUUUUCUCUAAAUCCACGAAACUCUGAAAUGCAAUACAUUUUAGCGAAUCCUUGGACUCUGAUCUCAUAAUGAAACUCGAGGAACUGAAGCCUGUUUGUGUUUUACUUUGGCCCAGAGCAAGACUAUGCAAGACAUUUUACCGACAAUCAAACCAUAAAGUCCAUGCCCUGAAGAAUUUACAGUCUGAAUUAACAGGCUUUAAAGAUGAGAACCUUUACUCAAGCAAUAAUUCUUCAUUUUGUACCUGUUGUAGUUGAGGCCCUGCUGUUAGCACGGAGGUUGAACUGGGCUACGUCUACGCAGAUAUGCCUCAGGUGGAUCCUGGCCCUUACAGCCCCUCUUUCUUGCUGUGACUGAAGCACCAGUCUAGGAUUUCAGAGGCCUCAAUGCUUCAAGCCAGUUUCUCUGGAAUGGCCUUUCUGUGACCGCUCGUGCCUGGAGCGAUGGGGAGAAGGUAUCUUUAAGCACUUAACCCCCAGACUCUUUCUGUAAGGACAGUGAGACGUCCUUGCUUCUUAAGACUCUCAUGAUAAAAACAUCCACGAUGACAAAGAAGUGCCUGGACGCUGCAGAAAGGUCUGAAACGCUGGUGAUAGAUGGGUAGCCUGCUUUUAAUAGGAAAUGAAGUGAUCCCUAACACGGACUUGAUUUCAGUUCACUUGCAGCAGCAGAGGAGCCUGCGUCUCACUGCUGUGUGAUGAGAAGAAAAGUUCAGCAGUACAAUGGGAAAUACUUUACUGAGCCAACUUUGUUCAGAAGUAAUUAAAAAUGAGGUCUUUCUAUUCUCUGCGCAGCCUGA